CUGUGUGCAUCAAAUCCAGUGUCGGUUAGAAGCUCUCUGGUAAUGGCGACGAUGGGCCAGACGGCCGCGGAGGUUUACGAGCCGAAGCUAAUCCAACUGUGGCGAGCUCUCGUAAACUGGCUCAGCUUCUUCUUCCAGAUCCUCCGAGGCGCUCCCUGCCUCGCUCAUUUGCUCUCCUACGUCCCCCUCCUCGCUUCUCCUCCUUCUUUCCGGCCUCUCCCCGUCGCAGAAAUCCCUCUCAACGACUCGUCGUCCUCCGCCCACGUCAACCUCGAAAACGGCGUCGUAUCCGACGAUCACCCCCUUCCGAAGCUCACGGUAGUUCUCGACUUAGACGAGACGCUAGUGUGUGCAUAUGAGACAUCUAGCGUGCCUGCUAUUGUUAGGACGCAAGCAACAGAUGCUGGUUUGAAGUGGUUCGAGAUAGAAUGUGUAUCUUCGGACAAGGACUCUGAUGGUAAACCGAAGAUCAGUUAUGUGACAGUGUUUGAACGUCCUGGUUUGCAUGAGUUUUUGAAACGGAUUGGUGAAUUUGCUGAUCUUGUCCUCUUCACUGCUGGUCUUGAAGGUUAUGCUAGGCCCCUUGUUGACAGAAUAGAUGUGGAGAAUCGAUUCAAGUUUCGGCUUUAUCGGCCUUCUACAGUUACCACGGAGAAGCGGGAUCAUGUGAAAGAUAUAUCUUGUAUAUCGAAAGAUCUCUGUCGAAUUGUUAUUGUUGAUAACAACCCAUUUAGUUUUCUGCUGCAACCGCUGAAUGGAGUUCCAUGCAUUCCAUUUUCUGCUGGACAUCCGUAUGAUGAUCAGCUCUUGGAGGUCCUGCUUCCCCUACUCAAACACCUUGGCCAGCAAAAAGAUGUGAGGCCUGUGCUUUAUGAGAGAUUCCAUAUGCCUGAAUGGUUUCAAAUGCAUGGAAUUACUGUUUCCGGAUAGAUUCACUAAUGGGCUGGUAGCUGCAAUAUUUUCUCGAACAACCUGACUAGGAACUCAUGUUGGGUGAAGUAUCUCUGCAGAUCUUUCUUGUAUAUUAUAAUGUUCCUUCACCGCUGGCGGCCAUGCAAAUGCAUAAAUUUAUUGGAUUACCUGCAAGGGAAACGGCUUUGAUUUUAUAUGCGUUAAGAAUGCAAGUAUAUGGUAGAGUUAACUUUGAUUCUUUUGUAAUAAAACAAUAGUGAAUUAGGCUGUAGUAUUUGAUACAUUUGUUCUGAGAAUCUUAUCAUUCAGAUUUAGUGAAGUACUUUUCUGAUUUUGUU